CGUCUGCAGUAGCGGAAGACAGGACCAAAUCAGGCAAGCAGUAGCAGUAAAUGAAAUGGUCGCAGUAGUUGGAUCGGUGGAUGUGCUUUUGCUGCUGCUGCUUUUGCUUCUUGUGCUUCUGGCUGUAUGGAUGUGCGUAUAUCGUACAGUAUAUGCUUUGGGUACGCCUGCAGAUGCCACAGAAUCGAUAAUUUGAGAGUUCAAAGUCGGGGAAUCAGACUAGAGAAAACAAGAGAUGCAAAGAAAGAAAGAAAGAAAGAAAGAAUGAAGCAACGAAUAGAAGGCCGCAGUCAGACUGCCACUACUCGCAGGAGUCAAUGCCGGCAGCACAGGUGCACUGGGAGAAACGAAAAUCGAUGCCGUCACGUCACUGUAGAAUAGAAGGGGAAGGAAGACCGUAGAUAGAGCCAGCUAGAAGUGAGUGAAGUGAGAAGAGGCAGAUUCAGGUGACGAGACGCCGAUGCAAAACAAAACAAGCUGCCCUUUUUUCUUUUUU